AUGGAAAGAACAUGGAGGUGUAAUUCAUGCCUAGUGGUUAACGCGGAGGAAGCCACAGAAUGUGCUUGUUGUAUGGAAAGGAGGAGCAAGGAUGAUGGUAAAACAAACGAAAAUGUUAUGAAAAAUGCUAACGAAAAUGAUUGUAAUAAUUUGACGGAUAGUGAAAAAAAAAUAAAAAAAAAAAAUGACGACAACUCCUCCAUUAAUACCGACACAAAUGUUGAAGCACAUGCCACAAAUUCAACAGAGGACACCAAACAUAGUGAAAAUACAAAUGAAGGUAAAAGUAGCAUGUUCGAUGGCGAUGGUUUUAUGCCAUCAUUCAAGCAAUCCCCAGAUAUGCAAUCUUCAAACAAAAGUAUUUUCAUAACAGCCGCGCUAAAUAGUAAUGCCACUACCGCAACGAACGGUACCACAACUGCCACACAUGAGGACACCAAUGGACACAUUAAAGAAAACAAAACGGGAGAGAAUAACACUACUAGGGAGAAAACAAAAAAGUCCAUUGGAAAAGGCAAACAGAAAAAGAUGGCCGACAAACGAGAGAGAGCGCCAUCUACGCGAAUACAACCUAUUCGAAAAUGCACACAAAAAAAAAUAAACUACAGGACAUAG